AUGGCCCCUAUUCGUAUUGGUGUCAUAGGACUUAACGCUGACUUCAAACCGGGCGCCCUGGCCGGCCAAUGGGGCAUUAUACAUAUCGCCGCCCUCAAAGCCUCACCCUUGUACCAAGUCGUUGCCGUCUGCAACUCCACCGCCCAGUCCGCCACCCGCGCCAUUGCCGCCCAUGGACUCGGUGACCACGUACGCGCCUACGGCUCCGCCGAAGACAUAGCCGCAGACCCAGAGGUUGACAUGAUCUCUGUGAUCGUACAUGUUGACAAGCACUAUGACAUCGCUAAGGCCGCAAUUCUGGCGGACAAGGACCUACUCGUGGAGUUUCCGUUGGCGUCCAACACAGAACAGAUGGAGGAGCUCCAGAAACUGGCCCGCGAUAAGGGUGUUAGAGUGGUGGUUGGCGCGCAGGCCAUAGCAGAUCCUGUGCAGCAUAAGAUCAAGAAGUUGCUCCGUGAUGGCACCAUCGGCGAUGUUGUCUCCUCGUACUUCGAUACGGCGCUUCUCCUCACCACGGCUGACGGAUGGUCCGAUGCGCUGGCGUUUUGGUUGAACAUGGAGCAUGGCGGCAGUCGUUUCACCAUUGGUCUUGGGCACAGUUUAGCAAGCUAUGUAGAUGCCCUUGGUGAGUUCACCACUGUACAGUCUAUCUUCGGAAUCAAAGAUAAGACCGUCAAACUCCUUGACACAGCUGGCAACGUCACCGACCCAGCCUAUCCCGUCACCGUUCCCGAUUCAUUCCUUAUUCAAGGUAUCCUCUCCUCCGGCGGCAUUGCCUCCUACGCCCUCCGCUUCGUCCGCUCCACAGUCAACGGCCGCGGCGGACGCUGGCUCAUCAGCGGGACCAAGGGCGAGCUAGAGCUCACGUACGACCAGGGAAUGAUGUACCAGGGUGACCUAGGCAGCGGUGCGGGAGCGAAGCUACAGGUAAAGACGUGGGGUGCGGAGAAGGCCGAGGAGAUUGAAGUCGUGGAUAAGCAUGAGGGCGCACAUAUCACCGACUUGCAUGAGUUGGGUAAGAACACUGGAAGGUUGUAUGAGGCCUUCGCAAAGGGUGAGGAAGAUAAAUAUAUGUCUAUUGAUGAGGCCGUAAGGCUUCAUAAGUUCAUGCAACGUAUUGCAAAGGGCGCAGGGUGGGCGCCUUGA